GAGAAAAAAAUCUUAAUUGAAUAUCCGGAGAAAACGAAUUCGUAUAUUUAUAUCAUACAGCAGAGAUACAAGUGAAGCGUUCAAACAAAAUCAUUUCGGAAACGAACGACACUGCAGUGCCUGGGUCAGUCAAAAUUAAUACGGUAACUUAAUAUAAAACAUUGACUUAAUUAUUGCUACAAAUGGACGAACUGAAAUCACGCCUAACGAAUGCUGAUCCAUUUGAAAGUUGGUGGCCGAUUAUUGUUGCAAUUAUUGUUGGUGUAGCUAUGACUGUCAGAAAUUUUAUGGGCGGCCAAAAUAGUCCAUCAACGAAUCAUAUUAAUGGUCAAACAGUCAUAAUCACUGGCGGUUCAGGCAUCGGAUUCGAGAUAACGAAAGAGCUUUGUGCGAGGGGAGCUCAUGUAAUCGUUGGAGCAAAGGAUAUGAAAAAGGCACAAGACGUGAUGGAAUUGGUGAAGAAGCAACAGCCAUCCGCCUGUGUAGAAAUACGAUAUCUGGAUUUGAGGUCAUUCGAUUGUGUAAAACGGUUCGCCAAAUCAGUAACAAAAGACUUUGAGAAAGUCGAUGUUUUAAUUAAUAAUGCCGGCACUAUAUUCAAUAAAUACGAUAAAACGGUUGAUCGUUUUGAGAGUCAUUUGCAAGUGAAUUAUUUAGCGCACUUCUUGUUGAGCAGUUUAUUGCUACCGUUGUUGAAAAAUGCAGUCAAUGGUCGCAUAAUUAAUGUCUCGGCUCAUGCUUAUACGUCUGGAAAAAUAGAUAUUGACGAUCCACUUAACACUGGCCAAUGGGCACCAGCUUACCAUCAUCGAGACGCAUUCGCCCAUUCUAAACUGUGUGUUCUACUGGCAUCGAGACAUCUGGCUAGAGAACUUAAAGACACUAAUGUUACAGUGAAUGUGUACACGCCUGGUCUGGUCAGAGGAACUGGUCAUUUAAGAAAUUCACCCAUUAUGAAUGCAAUGUGCGCUAAAGUAAUAACGUAUCCAUGGAUGUGGUUGCUAAUGAAGAGCCCUGCACAAGGCUCACAAACAGCAAUUUAUUUAGCAACCGAACCCACUUUAAAAACUGUUUCCGGGGAUUAUUUCAACGACUGCGAAAAGGCCGAAGUAAAUAAAGAUCUGGUGGAUGAACAUGUAGCUGCUGUUUUAUUCCGACGCACUUUAAGCGCAUUGAACUUGGAUUCAUUCUAAAUUGAAUAAAAAAUACAGUUAAUGU